AUGGAGAACACCAAGUACACGCCCGUCAACUCUACCGAGACUAAUGAUCCAUCAGAGCAAAAGAGCAAGGGCUUGCUGUCCCGAAAUGAAAAAUGGCAACUGGGCAUCUUCUACGCAGCCCUCGCGACUUCAAUUAUCUGCUUUUUAAAUCUCAUCAUCACUAUAUGGGCGCUCGUGACUCACGGGAUGACGUACGGGAGUGCUGUGCUGUACGAAGGCUCCUGCGAGACGACUAAGAAUUUAAACAUCGGCGUCCAUCUUAUCAUCAACAUCUUCAGUUCUGCCAUACUGAGUGGCAGUAACUACACUAUGCAAUGUUUGUCCUCGCCUACUAGAUCGGAGGUGGAUAAAGCGCAUGCGCGAGGAACAUGGCUGGAUAUCGGAGUGCCUAGCAUUCGCAACCUGCGCAGCAUUGCGAAGCGGAGGUUGUGGAUUUGGCUAUUGCUGGGCGUAUCAUCAAUACCGCUACAUCUCUUCUACAAUUCUGUUGUCUUUACAACGCUCUCAGGAAACUCCUACUUUGCUUACAUCACGAACGAGGCGUGGCUUUCGUCGUCCAAUAGUCUUAUCGUUCCCGACUCGGGGGAGUACGGUCCACUUGUGAGUGAGCUUGUGGACAAACAGCUCUGGAAGGCAAAUCAAGCUGGUUCGCUCCAGCGCCUAGAGCCCAGGUCAUGCAUCGAUGCCUCCUCCGAAGCAGGGAAAAUCUUCGACUACGCAACUGGAGGCGAAAUUACAAUCACUGGAGGCCAGGACGCCACAAACCUCGACCCGUACUCCUGGAUAUGCGGCGACGGCCUGAAGUGUCUCGAAUACUACACAUCUAGUACGUUAGGACACAAGUGUAAGGAGUACGAAUUCUGCGAUGUCGAUGCUCUGAGGAUCCGCAACAACCCUCAAAACUGGACAUUGAACCAUCGAAAAGUCGAUUACUGCUUAAGCACAAAGACGGAAGAACACUGCAAACUGCGCCUCAACGCUGUAAUCGCGGCCCUGGUCGUCUUUACAAACUUUUGCAAAGCUUUGCUAAUCAUUACCACAUACUUUUCGACAAGAGAGCACCUCCUCCUCGGCAUCGGUGAUGCCAUAGUCAGCUUCCUGUCUCACCCCGAUCCAGUCACCAAAGGCUCAUCCCUCUUAUCUAAGGAUGAUGUAACGCCUCAUGAAAAGUUCUCCAGUCUUUCGUUCGGGCCGCGCCCCUUCCACUUAUCGCGCAAGCGCUGGCUCGCCGCUGUCUCGCGGCGCCGCACAAUCACCGUCUUCACAACCGCCGCUCUAGGCCUGAUCAUAUGCUCCGCGCUGCUCAUCUACGGCUCCUUCAACAUGAAAGGCGCAAACCCAUCCGACAUAUGGACCCUCGGCUUCGGCCAGCCAAGCGAAAACACCCUCACAACCUUUGCAGGCAUCCGGCGCCGUAUGAUCCGCACCGCCGGACUCCUCUCCAAUGUCCUAAUUGCAAACUCUCCCCAAUUAGUCUUGUCCUUCAUAUACUUCUCCUGCAACGCUCAUCUUACUUCCAUGCUCGCUGCCCGUGAAUGGUCGUCCUUUGCCAAGACUAGGAAGGGCCUGCGCGUGCACACGCAUCCGCGCGGCGCUCAGCGCGCAACGUACUUCCUGCAACUACCCUGGCGGUACAGUGCGCCUAUGAUCUCGGCAGGUGCUCUGCUACACUGGCUCGCAUCGCAGAGCAUUUUUGUUGUUACCGUCGAGUGGUGGGCAAAUGUGAAUCGGACUGUAGCUGAGAGUACGGAGAUGCAGUGGCUCAAGCUCCUCUUUGGACGCACUGAAUGUUGGCUCCUGUCUCAGCAGGUUGAGUCGUUCAACGCUCUAGAGUCUAUACCCGCAUAA